AUGGACUGCCGAUCUACCUUCCAUGUUGCGACAGUUUUGUCGUCGAUGGUGGGAUGGCUCUUCGAUCCUAUCGACCCGCUGCUCGACGCCUUGAAAGGAAGCAGAAUUGGUGUCACGCUAGGCAUUCCAAACGUCGAGUUGGAGCAUCUAGCAACAGGCCAAGAUGUUGUGGACAUAUGGUUCAACGACAAUGUAGCUCAUUAUAUCAAUGGAGGUAACAUAAACUACAUCGCCAUUGGUAACGAGCCUGACUUGCCCUGCUCAGUAGGCUUCGAUAAAAUUUUGCCGGUAAUGCAGCUGUUAUGUAACAUUGUUAGUGACAAAGGGAUUAAGGUGACUACAAUUGUAUUGACCACUGUCCUAGGACCUUCAUACCCUCAUUCGAGUACUAAGUUCACAUCUAAGGCUCGUACUGUAAUGUCCAACAUUCUUGAGUUUUUAGCAUCAACCGAUUCCCCCCUUAUGAUUAAUGUGUAUCCUUACAUUCCAUACAAGUCAAACCCUAGCACUGUUUGCUUAGACUAUGUUAUGUUCACUGCAAUAGACACGGUGGUUCAAGAAGGAGCAUACAGCUACCGCAACCUGUUUGAUGCCAUAGUUGAUUCAUUCUUCACAACGAUGGCGAAAGUAUGUGCCGGAAACGUCAAAAUUGUGGUGUUUGAAACUGGUUGGCCGUCCAAUGGUAACGGAAAUGUCACCACUCCACAACUCGCAGCUACAUAUAACAAGAAUUUCAUGAACCAUAUCCUUAAGAAGGAAGGGACACCGAGAAGACCUGGUGAAAAGAUAGAAGAGUUUAUUUUUGUCAUGUUCAAUGAGAACCAGAAACAAGGUGGGGAGAAAAAAAAACACUUUGGUCUUUUUUAUCCUAACAUGUAA